AUGAGGCAGCAGCUGGUGACGCUGCUUGUCCUGAUCGCGCUGCCCGCGCGCGUCGCGUCCGCGCCCGCGCCCGCGCCCGGCGGCGCCGGCGUCGUCGUGGCGCGGCUCACGCACGCCGACGCCGGCCGCGGCCUCGCCAGGCCGGAGCUGGUGCGGCGCAUGGCGCACCGAGCCAGGGCGCGACGACGGCUUCUGUCGUCGGCGGCGUCGUCGCCGGUGCGCGCGCGGGUGCGCGCCGGGCACGGCGUCGGCGGCGGGAUCGUGACGAACGAGUACCUGGUGCACCUGUCCGUCGGCACGCCGCCGCGGCCCGUGGCGCUGACGCUGGACACGGGGAGCGACCUCGUGUGGACGCAGUGCGCGCCGUGCCUCGACUGCUUCGAGCAGGGCGUGCCGGUUCUGGACCCCGCGGCGUCGUCCACCUACGCGGCGCUCCCCUGCGACGCGCCGCUGUGCCGCGCGCUCCCGUUCACGUCGUGCGGUGGACGGAGCUGGGGUGACCGGAGCUGCGUAUACGUGUACCACUACGGCGACAAGUCGCUCACCGUCGGCCAGCUCGCCGCCGACAGCUUCAUCUUCGGGUCGGGCGGCGACAAUGCCGGUCGCCUCUCCACGAGGCGAUUGACGUUCGGCUGCGGCCACUUCAACAAGGGCAUCUUCCAGGCGAACGAGACGGGCAUUGCCGGAUUCGGCCGGGGCCGGUGGUCGCUGCCAUCGCAGCUGAACGUCACCAGCUUCUCAUACUGCUUCACCUCCAUGUUCGAUUCCAAGAGCAGCCUCGUCAUGCUCGGCGCCCCGGCCGAGCUCUUCAGCCGCGCGCACAUCGGCGAUGUCCGGACAACCCGGCUCAUCAAGAACCCGUCUCAUCCGUCGCUCUACUUCGUCGCGCUGCGCGGCAUCACGGUGGGGACGACGCGGAUCCCCGUGCCGGAGUCCAGGCUCCGGUCGUCGACGAUCAUCGACUCCGGCGCGUCGAUCACCACGCUGCCGGAGGACGUGUACGAGGCGGUGAAGGCGGAGUUCGUGGCGCAGGUGGGGCUUCCCGCCGGCGGCGUGGAGGGGUCGGCGCUCGACCUCUGCUUCGCUCUGCCGGUGACGGCGCUCUGGCGGCGCCCCGCCGUGCCGGCGCUGACGCUCCACCUCGACGGCGCCGACUGGGAGCUGCCACGGGCCAACUACGUGUUCGAGGACUACGGCGCGCGCGUGAUGUGCGUCGUGCUCGACGCGGCGCCCGGCGACCAGACCGUCAUCGGCAACUACCAGCAGCAGAACACGCACGUCGUGUACGACCUGGACAACGACGUGCUCUCCUUCGCGCCGGCUCACUGCGACAAGCUCGCAGCUUCACUCUAGACUGUGACGUACUUACUGUCUAGUACAGUAACUUGUAACUUUGUAAGAGAAAAAAGUAGGGUGUUUAGUAUUGCUAAUCAGGUGAAACCUUGCCCACUGUAAAAGUGGAGAAUUGAAUCAAGAGGGUAACUCUUGGUCGCAAUUUGCGUCACCCCCAUAAACAUUGCCUCGUCUCGAACUCGAAGAACUAAGGUGGUUUGUUGCGAGGGUCCUUGCCCGGCUAGGAUCUGCUGAAGUUGCAAAGACGACGGUAAGUUAGGACUACAUCAAGUUUCAUCUGUUUAUUCAGAGGAUCAACGGUUUAGAUCUUGUGCUACAGUAUUUUUGCUACAGUGCUUCGGACUAAUUUAAGCCAUCCGAUUUGCAUCUAAUGGUAAUAGAUGUACCUGUCAAAGUUGCAGUUGCUGUAUCAACUUCAGCUGAACAUGUCCCAUCCUUGCACAGCCUGUUAGAGAUAU